UGUAUCAUUUAUAAGGCCCUCUUUCCCUCUUCAUUUAUUUCCUUAAUUUUCUCUCUAUGCCCACGCCCCUCCCAGGCGCACUUUAGCCUCCACCACCAGUCACAACUACUUCUUCAGCCGCCAAAACCCAUAUCUCAAUCUCCGACUUUAAUUGCUACCUUACACUAUGACAUAUUCCAGUUUUUGGCUCUCUAAACGAGAGAUAAAUGUUCUCCUUUUUGUCUUAGUUCUAUUGCCGGCGGCGUUACCCAACGCUGGAGCUCAGUCGCCGGGUAAUUCUGAAAAUGAUCCGUACGCGUAUAACCGGUUCAGUCCGUCGAUGGCGAUCAUCAUCGUCGUCCUCAUAGCCGCGCUAUUCUUUAUGGGAUUCUUCUCCAUCUACAUUCGUCACUGCACCGAGGCGCAAGGGGUAGCUAACAGCGUCGGAGCUGGAACCGGAAGGUCUAGAAGGGCUGCGCGUGGAAUCGAUGCGGCAGUGCUUGAGACUUUCCCGACCCUGGAGUAUUCGGUGGUGAAGGGGCUCAAGAUUGGAAAAGGCGCGCUGGAGUGCGCCGUGUGUUUGUGUGAGUUCGAAGACGAUGAAACCCUGCGUAUAAUCCCCAAGUGCGAUCAUGUUUUCCACCCCGAGUGUAUCGACGCGUGGCUCGAGUCACACACCACUUGCCCUGUUUGCCGAGCCAAUCUCGUACCCGGACCCGACGAGUCCCUACACCGACCCGACCUCCCAACCGAAACAGACAUCGAAGCUCAAAACGACGCCGCUGCAGUUGAUCCCGUCGUUGAAGAAAGAACCGCAGAGGAACAAGUUCCGGUGCCAGUCCCGGCUACGGAACCAAAGGUUUUGGAAUUGAACAAGACUCUGAAUCGGAACCGUACACGUGGAUCUCGAUCAAGCAGGACAAGCAGAUAUUUUCCUCGGUCUCACUCGACCGGUCACUCGUUGAUCCAACCGGGCGAAAACACUGAGCGGUUCACUCUCAGGUUACCGGCCGAGGUGAGGAAGGAGAUAAUGCACCGUCAAUUGGAACGGGCCACGAGCCUACUGGUGUUGCCUAGAGAAAAUAGUUCGAGGCGUGGAUACCGAGGCGGAGGAGAAGGGAGUAGCAGAGGUGGGCGAUUCGGUAGGCGGUUGGACCGGUUAACUAAAUCGGACCGGUGGAAUUUCUCGAAGAGUUUUUUCAAUAGAAUGUCUUCCAUGAAAUCUCCAAAGGUAGCGGCAAAUGACGGUGAAGGAAGCUCAUCGGAACGAAUUAUUGGACCGGAAGUGCCACGGAGUAACUCGGUCCGGCCGCCGGUUUAAUUUUACUGGCAUUUUCAGACAUAAAAAGUUAUUUUUCUAAGCCGAACAGGUUUUUGUGUACAAUGUCAAUAGGUUAUUUUUUUAAUGCUUUUUUUUCAUUUUUUUUAAUUUAAAUUAAAGCUAGGCUUGCUUGAGAGACUAGUGUAUAUGUAACAUGACUAUAUUUACAGAUACAGUCCGCCAAAAAAAAGGUUUUUUUAAUCAUAUUUGACUAAUAUUAUUUUA